AUUUAUUGACUUACAAAUUGCGCUCCCCUUACACUGCUCUACGCGCUGUGUUAACGCCGAUGUUUAUUUUUCCGAGCACUUCGUAUUGUCAGUACUACAAGGGAAAUAAAGUUACACAAUGUUGCUUUCAGCAUUAAAAUAUGCCACUUCCUAAACAUACAGUUCAACCGGUCAAACUCAGUCAGGUAAUUGUCCCGAAUGGCAUCGACAAUGAGUUGGAAUUUGUGGUUAAUUCCACGGUCUGCAAUGUCAUGAGACAGAUAGCAUCAGUUAGCCGAUUGGCCAACACCAUGUUCGAAGAACUCACUACCGAUUUUUCUCGACUAGUUGAGCGGACUGUUCGUCUGCAAAAUCGUCUGGGAAAACUUCAUGAAGAUAUGCAAAUGGCGCGCAGCGGUGACGAAGACCUUACUGCUGGAGUACAAGAAGUUGAGAUUCCGGUGUUCUCUAGCAAAAAACCAACUGAUAGCCAGGUAUUAAAUCAAAAUACCAUACCUCCUUCUAUGCGGUCACAAUAUGAUCAAGCAGAAGCAGCUCCAGCACUUCAACAAAUGGAUGAACUCAGAGAUGAUAAGAAAACUAGCAUGAGGUUGUAUUCAGAUCCCAGCUUUUUCUUUGAUCUAUGGAGUCAGGAAAUGUUACAAGAUCGCAAACAUAAAAGAGCCGCCAAGAAAAAAAGACCAAAAGGAAAGGGAAAAGCUGCUCCACUUAAAAGUGGAUCUAAUCAGGGAGCUCAGAAACCUCAACUUAUCAUUCAGCAACCAGGAGUUGGUGGCCAUAAACUUUCCGCACCGUUACUCGAACAAAACGGUUCUGUUAAUGCCAGUUCUCAUAUGGAUAGGAAUGUCAAUAUUGUCAACGGUAAACCCACCCAGCAUCAGUUUCUAAAUAAUGGGAAUUUCGGAAAUCCUUCAUUACCACCUCCGCCACCUCCACCAAAUGCUCUUCAUUCGUCAACACAAGUUGAUAAUGUACAGGAUUUUCGACACGCAUCUAAUCAAAAGAGUGGUUAUUGCCCAACUAAACCUGACCUUGGUGGUGUUAAUCAGUUUCCUUCAGUUACCAACAACAUUUGUAGCAACCAAGACCCUUCACCAGCCCAUCAGAUGACUCUUCCUGACCCUCCCGCACUCCAUACACAGAUGGCAUCUCUUAUUUUACCACCAUCACUUCCCCCGGCGUUCUUGAGCGACGGAGAGUUAAAAGUCUCAGACAUGAGCGAAAAUUCACAUCCAAAUGAUGAAGCUGCUAGCAGAGACCUAACUGGAAAAGAUGGAGAUGAUAGGAUAUCAUCACCCACACAAAUACAUGAUGGCAAAGAGAAACAGUCUCAGUAUAUUAAUUCUGUAGGUAUGGAAUCGUCAUCAUCGGCACCACACAAUCUUCCUCCACCUCCUCCCGCGCCGAUUUUCGAGUCGAAGAACUUCAAUGAGCCUUGUAAACCCAACAGACAACCAAGCGAGUCGGAUACUUGUGAUCAUAUAUCCGCUUCUUCGACCCUUCCUCCCCCACUGACACCUUUUGUUUCGCCACCUCAAACAUCUAUUCUAUGCUCAUCUACACAACCUCCACCAUCCCCACCUCCACCUCCCUUCAUACCAAACCAGAAAGUUGGGUCUGAAAGUCCAAGCAAUCAAACAGCUUUACCAACUAAGAACACUAUCCCACGAUGCAGUGUACCUCAGUGUCCUCCUGCAGAUUUGCUUUCUGCUAUACGCGCUGGCUGUCAGUUACGCAAAGUGGGUGAACGAAAUCUUCCCGAUCAAUCAAAAUUUAGCCCUGCAAAUAGUUUAUCAACUCUGGUAAACAAACCUAAGGAUGUUCAAGUUAGUUUCACUGACCUUAAGUUUCUUAAACUUUGUUUGUAUGUAUUUACAUUUAAAUGUACUACAUCCCGUCGUUUAAGGGAAUUGUUACAUUUCAAUAGUCAAGGUGACUAAUGCCUCUUGCUCAUUCAAGUUACCAAAGUUUGUCUUUUAAAAGCUCAUUGUAAACACAGUGCUUGUAUUGAUCAAUUUAGUAUAGAAUCAUAAAUUAAUAUUUCUUCAUCGCAGUAAUCUCGAUCACGGCAAUUCUGUAGUCUCCUCAACUAUGUUAUUACAAAAAUUUUCUUGUCGAGUGUCAUGAGAUAACGUACUAAAUGAGAAAACAAACCAGAGAUGUUUAGGAUCUUUCCAGAUGGAAGCAUGAACGGAAGAUGACAGUGUCCACUUUUGGUGCAAAAAUGAGAAAUCCAAAUUUCUACGGUUAAAUUACAAAAAUAAGUUUGCCAAGUGAUUUCUGGUGAUCUAGCUGCCUGUUGUGGAAUCUAGAUUCCCCAAAACCACUUAGAAUUUACCGUUGAUCCCCUUAAAAUGAGGUCAUUUGGAAGCACUAAUGACAUGUCUUUCUAUCUACACAAUGGUACAGACGAAUUGUCAACAUAAAGCCCUAGAUUUCUAACACAACUCUGUUCCAGCCUUCUAGUUUAUUCGUUUACAUGUAUCUGCCAAAGCAGUUAUAUUGGUAAAACAGAAAGGAGAGCCUACGUCUGAUUCAAAGAACAUAUUCCGAAAAGUUUAAGAUUAAAUGGAUUGAACGCAUUCAACAGUGCUAUCGCAAGACAUCUCCUUGAUACAGGACAUGAAGUCGAUAUACUGAAGUCCUUCAAGGUGAUUAACAAACAAUCAAACUCCAACCUUUUGAUUGAUUUCGAUUCAUAUUUUCUUCAUUACCAUUAAUCUAUUUUCAUGAGUUCCAAUCACUAUUUCAAUGCUCUGGAACUUUCCCUCUCUAACUUUAUUUAUUUAUUCGAAUUAAACAUUUUAUGAGCUCAUUAACCCUAUCUGAAUCUUCGCUACAUCAUCAUACACAUGUAUUGAUCCUUAAUCACACUCUUAUCUAUAAAUAUGUCAAUAUCUGUAAUAAUUUGAAUUUCAAAUAAUUUAGGUUGUAAGCAGCUGAUGAAAACCUAACGAAGUAAAAUGAAUUAAUAUUAUUCUGCACCAAUCUUUGAUCUUGCUCUCUUUAAGAUAAUAAAGGGAACUAUGUGUAUGAAAUUAUUCGUUUAGAUUCUUUUUCCCUUCAAAGUAAUUAGCCUUUUUUGUACCCUUCGUUUUAGUGAUUAAUGUAGUUUGUACCUUCAUAAUUUUUGUCAUUGAUUUGACGAAAUUUCUGUUACCUCUUUUAACUUAAUUGGUGCUCCAGUACUCGUUCUACUGUCUACGAAACUGUAAUUAAUUAGUUUGAAUAAUAUCCUUAUUAUCAACAGGAGUUAUCUGGAAUAUCCCUAAAAUCAGGAAGCAUUGUUUUCCAAUUGUCCUAGGUGGAUCCUGCAUGUCCACCAAUCCUGUUAAAUCACCGGACCACUCACUUUCCGUCCUCUCAAUUUCGUAAAUAUCACCCCUGCUACACACAUCCAAGAGUUCCAUUGCUUUCUCUCUCUGUAAGUAGUUACAUUUCUUGAUCAAGUUGGUUUAGUAUUUUCUUGUAGUAGCCUAUUUCAGAACUGAUUAAUCCGUAGCUGUUAUCCUGCGUGAUAUAUUAUCUUGUGUUUAUUCUGUUUGACUUCUUUAAGUAUUUUCCUAUUUUUCAUGUUUUCAUUUUCAGGCGAUUUAUGAAGCUGUUAGGCGUCGUCGGGAAUGUAUGGAAAAUAAUUCCUCGGAAGAUGACGAUGACGACAAAGAUGCAGAUAGUAAUUCUUCCGGUUGGGAGGACUAGCUCUUAUCUAUCGUAACAAAAAAUGUAUUAGGCCAUGUACCAGUUUUGUUUUUAUCAUCUGCCAGUAACACGUUUUUUUUAACACAAUGCCCAUCUUUGUAUACUUACAUUUCUACUUACGUCUUUCUAUAACUUCUGGUUUUGCUUUGUUCAUGUUCUCAUAUUUUUCUUCGAUUAUUAUUUAUUAGCUGUAUAUAAAUGUACAAUUCCGUUCACAUAGGCAUAUACUUAUAUGUCUUCAUUAACGUAUGAUGUUUUCUCUGGUUACUUUACUUCAAUAAUUUGAGGUAAGUUAAAGUUUGGCAGACCAUAAUUAAAUUUUUGUAUCUUUCUGAUAAUCUGGAGGUUCUAUUACGACGACUACUUCAAUAGAUUGUUACGCAUUGAUUUCGCAAAUUGUUAACCUCUUGAAAUUUUGUUUUGUUAACGAUUAUUGGUGGGAUAAUGUUGAAAUCCCUUUCUUUUGUUUUAGCAGUAUUACUAUGAUUGCUCAAAUCUCAUUGAAAAAAUAAAUCAGUUAUGAUUUCAUAGGUAACUGCUAGUCAUUAUUGAUCUAACAAUGCUUAAGAUCAAAAAAUACAUUAGACUAACUUCUCAUUAAUAAUUUGUGUCCAAUGACAUAUUGAUUGUUUUAUUAUAUGUACAAUUUCAGGGCUGAUUUAAUUGUACUCAUUUCCUAACAAUCAUGAGACUAAAAUCAAGUUCAGUUUUAUGUGUCUGGUUAUCCUACAGUCAAAAUAUUAUUAUUACCACUUUAAAGAAUAGUUUUUCUUUCUGCUGUUCUUUGUCCCUUUGGUAAACAACGAUGUUCAUUUAUUUCUUAUGUUCCGGUGAUUGCGAUCGAUGCGAUUUUACUUCUCGUUUUAAUUGUAGUUGAACGAAAUACCGUCGUUUUACCAAAACAUUUAUAUGCAUAUUUUUUGUUGGUUUCAGUUGCUUUAAUGCUGUUCAACUCAUACAAGUAUGGAUGUCAUUAAUCCCUAAAAAUCUUAUUUACAUUCAUUUUUCAGAAUUUUACUAAUUUUAAGUAAGGUUUACGGUCCGUAAUAAUAAUCUGUUUGCCUCUGAAUAAUAUUUCCCCCUACUGAUUUCUUAACUUACAUAUUGCUAAAGCGAUUUUUACGGCUUUUUUUUCGACUUAAAUAUAGACUGUGGUUAUAUGGUCUUAUCUCCAUUUACUCAUAGACAAUCCGUAACUUUCAGUUUUUUAUUAGUUAAAUCGUUUCUAUAAGGUGUAUGUUGAUCUCAUGUCGUUAACUUGUUUUACGUUGCGAUAGACCUGUGCAUCUAUUUGCUGGCUAGUGUGAAUACGAAGAUAUUCGUUGUUAUAAUGAAUAGAACUGUUUCUGAUGGCUAUUAUUCAAUGAAAUUUGUAUUGCUUCAAUAGUUUCUUCAAAAUAUCCUUUAGACCUUUUGUUUUGCGUAUUUAUAACAUGUCAUUUAAUGUAUCCCAGUACUUUAAUACAUCUUGGAUUUCAUUUUGAAAUUAGAUGUGCUUUAUACUGAUCUGUUAACAAUAUAAACGAAAUCGUGCAUGC